UCUUCAAGUUUAGGUUUUCUUUUGAAGUUUAGUUCCCCAAAAAUAUGGGAAGACAGCCUUGUUGUGAAAAGAUAGGACUCAAAAGGGGUCCUUGGACAAUUGAAGAAGAUCAUAAGCUUAUGAAUUUCAUCCUCAACAAUGGAAUACAAUGCUGGCGCCUUGUACCAAAAUUAGCAGGGCUAAUGAGAUGUGGAAAGAGCUGUAGAUUAAGGUGGAUAAAUUAUCUAAGGCCAGAUCUCAAAAGAGGAGCACUGUCAGAAGCAGAGGAAGACAUGAUCAUCAAGCUUCAUUCUCAGCUUGGCAAUAGGUGGUCAAAGAUAGCAGCGCAUUUUCCAGGGCGUACAGAUAAUGAAAUCAAGAAUCACUGGAAUACAAGGAUCAAGAAGAAGCUAAAGCUCCUCGGCUUAGAUCCUUUAACACACAAGCCCAUUGAACAACCUGAUCAUCAUAAAAAUGACGAUAUUAAGCAAAAUGAUUCUUCAGAAAAAGAAGAGAUCAAUGGGAAGCUGGAAUUGCCAGAAACUUUACCUUCAUUAGACUUUCCAGAGGAGCAGCAGAAUAUUCAAAAUUCAACAUCUAGUUCCAGCUUAGAUGAAAUGAAUGAGAGUAAUUUGGAAAUGGGGUCAAAUGAGUUGUUCCAAAAUUCAGACACUUUGGAGACAUUUUCCAGCGACAUGUAUAAUCCAGGGCUUGAAGAUCCUUUCCAGAAUUGGAUAGGUAGCCCAAUUCAUUGGAAUCUUUUCGGCAACUUAGACGAAAAUUUUCUAUGAGGAACAAAAAAAUUUAUUUAGAAUUAUUCCCUUGCUUGCGGUUAUGUUGGUCGGAUCCUCGGAAAUAUGUAACUUUUGGAGGAUCAGGACGAAUGUAUGCUUCCACUAUUCUUGUAGAGUUGAGUAUUAAGAAAUCUAUUUCGUUCAA